AUGUCAGCUCUUAAGACAUUAAUGAAAAUGCCAUAAUCUAAAUUAGCAUCAAAAUGUAUAGCCUUAGAAGAAUUGUUAUAGCGGUAUUAUUAGUUUGAAGAAGUUCAUUAUGAUUUAUAAAGCAAAUACUAAAUUCUUUAAGAAAAAUUUGAGAAAAUUAGUCAACAACAUAUUUAAUUAAUGCAAAAUGUAUAAAAUGAUAAAGACUCAUUUUCUUAAAAAAGUUAAAAAAGAUUGGAUUCUUAUCUCAACUGCACAGAAAGAAUCGAAUUGUGUGCAAUUGAAGAUCUCGAAACAUAAAAAGUUAUUGAAGAAUUGAAGUAAUAAAAUCAAAAAAUGAAGGAGGAAGUAUUUCUAAAUAAAUAAGAAUAUUUAAGAUUAUAAUAAAUGUAUCUUAAUUUCUAUAUAGGUUUGAGUAAUCUUAGACUGAACUAUUUCGAUCAGCUUCUAUUAAAACUGCUUCUGAUUCUAAAUAUAAUUCUCUUAUUGAUGAUAAAAAUAACGAUUCAGUUUAAUCUUAUAAAAAUGAAAUUGCCAGAUUAAAUAAAAUCGUAGUUUCCAUUUUUUAUUGUAGGUCACAUCUUUGAGACUUGAAUUAUGCCAUUAUAAAACUAGAGAAUUUGAUGAAGAGUGGAUGAAAGCUUAACUAAUUAAAUAUUAAAAAUAAUCAUAGAUUUCAAGCAAUCAUAAUAAUAAAUCUUUUGAAAUUCUUGAUUAUGUUGAUAAUUGA